CUCAGUUCAUUCUCUCGUCGGGUGUCGUGCAGUCAAGAGAUGAGAUUUUGGUUUUUAUUAAUUUUUUUGUGCAGCUCCUCGAGUGUUUAUUGUGAUGAUGGGUUCGUGACGACUUGGGCACCAAAGAACCUCAAUCAAUACCAAAACUUCAACAUCACCUUCUACUCAAGAAACCUUCCAGAACAGUACAAAGUAGGCAUUGAGUUUCGCGAAAAAUGCAAAAAUCUCAUCCUUAAAAAUGACGAAUUCAUCACUGUCUUCCUGGAAAAUACAAAAGUUGUCAACAUCAAUAAAAAGUUGCCAUUAGCAGUGACUUUAUACAAUAGCAGAGACAAUCAGUGCUCAACUAAGGAAUUUAUAGUCACACCGGAACCAAGAAGCUACUAUACAUUCAUACAAACUGAUAAGCCGAUCUACAAACCUGGAGAUGUAGUGAAGAUUAGAAUUUUGGCUGUUGACAGGCACAUGAAGCCGUUCCAUAUGAACAACAUUAAGGUUGACUUUAUUGAUCCAUUUGGACGAACAAUUCAAUCGUUUGAUGACCUCGAGGCUCAAUAUUAUGGAAUUUUCGAGAACAACUUCACAUUGAGUACAAGCACAGUUCUAGGUGACUGGAAGGUUCAAGCUAUUGUUGAUAGGCAGGAACAAUUCUCAACUGAAAAGAGCUUUGGGGUGCAAAAAUAUGUUUUGCCACUUUUUGAGGUUCAAGUUGAGACAGAUGAGAAGAACUACUUGCUGGAAGCGGACAUGACAGUCACUUUUUAUGCUAAAUACUCAUUUGGUGAGUUUGUGACUGGAGAUGCUGAGUUAAUCAUCAGAAAUCCAAAGACUGAUCAGGAAUAUUCGAGAAAAACAUUUAAGAAUGUCGAUGAAGACGUGACAGUAAGCUACAACAUCAAGGAUGGCUUAAAAGUCAGAAGAAUAGAAGAAAUCAACAAAUUGGAAGCGAUUGUAAAGUUUACAGAACCACAAAGUGGAAUAACUUUUAAUAAAACUUCAGUCUUCUAUGUCCAUAAGAAUCCGAGAUACAAAGUCGUUCCUUUACAUCCACCAAACUUUACACCAGGCUCAAAUUUCGAAGUCAAAGUCCUCAUCAAAGACUACAAAGAUAAGCAAGUCAAGGAACAUUAUGAAGAUGUCGAACUAAAAUAUUCAUACACAACCAAAGGUAGACGUCCAAUAGUAAGCAUUAAACAUUUAGGACUUGAGGACGGCUAUGCCAAGCACAACAUUAUCAUACCCAAAGGUGUAGUUGAGUUUGACCUGGAAAUUAAAUUUGCAAAUAGUGAAAUUUAUAAAAAGGCGAUUCUGACUGGAGCUGCAACGGGUGCUAUGAAGGUUCUGCUGGUCGAUCAUACGCCUAAGAAACCCAAACUCCUCGACAUCGUCAAAAUCAACGUCAAUGGUAAAAUAGACAUGGACAAGCUAUUCGUCAUCGUAUCCUCAAACAACGGAAAUGUCCAAAGUCAAGUUGUUGAUUGCUAUGAUGAGACAUCAUGUGAGUUUGAAGUAGUCGUUAGAGAAGAAAUGAUGCCGCACUCAACAGUCAGUGUCUAUUAUGUAAAAGAUAAGCUUCAUAUCUAUCAAGGAUUCACACAGAUUGGAACGGAUGAUUUGACAGGAAACUAUCUCAACCUUGACAUAUCAACUGACACCGCCAAAACAAAAGACAAAAUCCGCAUGAACUUUGCCACUUCCCCAAAAUCCAAAAUCUACAUGUUAGCUUUUGACAAGCGCCUGAAGUUCCUAAGAGAUGGAAAUGACAUAACUCGAGAUGAUGUAGUUUCAGCUAUAUCCAGUUAUGAUGGAGAUAACCAAAUUAUGGUCAAUGACUUAUCGUCUUGGACAAAAUGCACUUUAAAUGAGAUGAAGAGGAUGCAGGAGAUAUUGGAUCAUGAUAUUGACUUAAGAGGAACUUAUUAUGAUGAUUAUGAUGGUGUAGAAAUUGACUCUGAGGAAGAAGAAGCACACGAUGAAAAUGCUGUUCUUCGUAAAGACUUUCCAGAAUCUUGGAUCUUUGAGUCAUUUGAAAUUGGUGACAAAAAGACAGCCAUGAAGGAAUUUACAGCACCAGACUCGAUCACAACAUGGCUCAUUUCAGCAUUUUCCCUAAAUAUAGAAAAAGGACUAGCCAUGGCACCAACACAAGAACUGAAAGUCAUGAAUGAGUUUUUCGUCGAGAUAAACUUGCCGUACUCAAUAAAGUUUAAGGAAGUCCUGCGACUUGACAUUCUUGUGUUUAAUUACGUUGAAUCUAGAGACAAUUUGGAUGUUGAUGUACACCUUAUAAAUGCCAAUGGAAAUCAGUUCCAGUUUAUUGAAUACUCAAAGGUCAAAGGAGUCUGUACAGCAAUUCCCAAUGACAAUUUGAUAUCAUCAACAUUCACAAAAGUUCCUUAUACAGCAGUCAAAAAAGUGUCAUUUUAUAUCCGAUCGAGUGUUGUUGAAGGAAAAAGUAACAAUAUUCCAAAAGAACUUGACAUAAUAGUCAGGGCUACAGCAAGUGGAAGAUAUUUAAGGACUUAUGAGGAUUCGGUCGAAAAGAAGCUUUUGGUUGAGCCUGUUGGAGUCAGAGAUUAUUCAAUUUUCACUGAAGAUUAUGUGCUGAAUGGAGAAAAGACUCAGGAGCUUACGCAUCAUGCCAACUUUACCGAUGGUCUGACAGGUCUAGAUGUGAUUGUUGGUGGAGAUUAUCUUGGUGAUGCAGUGGAGAUGAGCAAGCGGUUCCAGCUCUAUCCACAUCACUGUCUCGAACAACAGACAUCAAGAAUCAAAGGAAACAUUGAGUACUUCCGGUACUUGCUGUCAAGAGAGCGGAACCCAGACAAGAAGCAUUUUAGUGACUUUUAUCAGUCAUUGUUGGUGGAGAGGACCAAGAAUUGGAGCUACUCAACAAAGACUGGCUAUAGAGCCUACUUCCUCGAGGCUAUGGCAUCAGCAAUGGAAAUCGGAGCACUUCCUGCAAACAAUAGAAUCAUCGAAGCUGAACUUGAAGCACUUAAGAGUAAACAAAAUCUAGACGGUGGAUUCACAAAUUUUGGUGACUUCCCAGAAUUUGAUAGAACUGAAAGUCGAUCCAGCUAUGUUGAGACUGCAUUUGUGUUGAUUCCUUUCCUAAAGUUAAGAAAGACAACGAUUGGACAAAAUUAUCAAACUCAAAUAACAAAAGCAUUUAAUUAUUUGAAGUCAAAUAAAAAUAAAAUUGGGAAUAGCAAGGAAGGCAUAGCAAUAGCUGCAUAUGCUUAUGGACUAGCUGGCGAAACCAUAGAAGUCAAAAAUCUACUUGAUGACCUUCAAGAAGCUUCACUUGGCUUCCCAGGUAACAAAAAGUGCUUUAAAAUUAUGAGAAGUGCUGAACAAUGUGACAUGAGGCAUACAUCAUAUGCAGCACUAGCUUACUUGUCAAUCAAUGACAUUUCAAACGCAGCAGAGCUAGUCAACUGGCUGGUCAAAGACUUGAACCUAAAAUAUCUAUAUUCAAAUACUCAUGAAUAUGCAGUCGCAACAGAACCAAUCGCUAAAAUUGCCAGCAUCCUCAAAGUUGAUAAAACAAACUUGAAAGUCACAGUAAGGAACGAAAGGAAUUUCACAGCAUCAGCAUCAAUCACUAAGAAGAAUGCAAAUAAGAUGCACUUUAUUGAAUUUCCAGAAUAUUCUCAGGAUGUCAUCUCAACUGCUGAAGGUCAUGGCUAUUGCUCAAUCACAACACUUUAUGAGAAAUUGAUCAAACUUCCUCAAAUUUCUACUUCCUUCGCUUUAACUGUAACUCCAACAAAAUCAUCAUCAAAUCGUUUUGAGUCUAUAUUCCAAGUCUGUGCUGAAUAUAAUUAUGCUCGAUAUACUUCAAUCGUUAAUGUGAUUUAUGAGGUUGAGAUGCCAAGUGGAUAUGUUUAUGCUGGAAUUGAUGAUUUGGAGAGCAAAUAUAAGGAUAUUAAGCUAGUCCAAACAAGACGUAAAGGCACGAUAGUCUACAUCUACUACAAUGACUUCGAGAGGAAGCAGGAGUAUUGUGUUGAUAUCAAAGCUUCAAAAUCUUUUGAGGUUAUGGAUAUUAAACCAGCUGGAGUUAAGGUUUAUGACUAUAAUGACAAGUCUAAUGUCGCAAUCGAGUUCUAUUCAGUUGUGAAUCCAUCAUGCUGAGCCUACACCUAAGAGUGGAUGUCUUACCUUUAAAGCUACACAUUAAGAAAAACUCAAUUUUGUUAAACUUUUUAUGUUUUUUUAUUUAAUAAAUUUGUCAAAUUUUUCGAUUGGGGGUGAUUUAUAAAUGAUGUCCGAUAUUUUUUGUAUGGCUUGGUCUCUGCCGUGAGAGCACGAAGCUGAUUAAAAAGUUCGAGAAUGAUUAAACCUGAUCAGAAGACAUAGAUGGAGGCCUUAAAACUCUGAAUUCCUUACAGACGUCAUUUAUAAUCGACCCCAUCAAUUGAAAAUUACCAAUAAAAUUUACAUCUUAAGCAUAAAAAUCACCAAAAAGUUUACAAUAAUGAUCAAAAAGCCAGCUCCUAUCUUCAUUUUCCCUCCAUUUCCAUCCACACCAGCCAAAGUCAUCUCAAUCGUCCUCAUAUGCUCAAUUAUCCAGUCACGAUAAGGUCCUAUGUCAAUAUAGCUAACGUGCAUGACAUCCUCAGCAAUUCUACAAAAAUCAAAGUCAAUAUUGUCAAUAAGUCCAGCAAGCUGUUCAUCACAGAUCAGUCCACCACCAGAAUCACCAUUGCAUGGAAAGGUACUUCCACUGCUGCAAAGACUAUUAACUUGAUGUCCAUGACAAGCACUGCUGUCGACAAUUUGAAUUGUUCCUUUUUGUAGCUGUGCCGGUCCAGUGAGGCUUAAAGCUUGUCCAAAGCCAUAAAUUUCACAUGAAUCACCUGGAAUUGGCGGUUCCAAUAUCAUAUUUAUAGGAUGAAUGUUCCUUGAAUCUUUUGGCAUUGGCCAUGUCUCAAUUAAUGCGAUAUUAUUGACAACAUGAUUAGGAUGAAUGCUGAUUGCUCUCGGAAACACAGACACAGCAUUAAAUUCUUCAUAUCUUCGGUUAGUUCCAGCAAUGAUUGAAAUUUCUGCAAUUUCCAGGAAGUGAUUGUCUUGGUCGAUUAAGCAGCUUGCUGUUGUUAAAAUCAGAUUGUGUGAUAAAAUACUUCCACCACAAAUGUGUCCACUUCCAAAGCGAUCUGCGUCCAUAGUCAAGUGCCUUAUUGAGACCAUGAAUGGCUGGAUAUCACUUGAUAUGCCAUUUACGAUUUGUUGACUGCCGCGUGCUGAAGUUUGCGAUAAAGUAGAGCAUAAAAUUAUGCAAAUUGAGGCAAAGAUUCUCAUGUUUUGAUGGUUCUUAGCUAUGUUUGUAAAAAACACUGUUAAGUCGGCAAAACAAUUUUAUGGACUGUCAAAAAAUUCGUCAAAACUGAAUCACUGCAAAGCAAAUACU